AAGAAUUGGUCAUUUCUCCGAACGUCCGACCAGAGAUAGACAUGAAACCAACCAUUGUUCUCUGCUUGUGCUUCAUUUUCAUGGAAUAUGUUCAAUGUUCGAAACCAAAUAUAAUAUGCAUCAUAGAACAUUGCGGGAAGCAGUCUGCCGCGUGCCUGGCGGAUGAGGGCUGUCGAUCUGCAAUGGUGUGUAUAACAGGGUGCGCAACCAAUAACCAAACGUGUUUGUUUGACUGUAUCUAUUCAUACGAGGACGAUGCCUUUGACGAAUUUAUGAAAUGUGCUUCCACCGACCACCAGUGCAUCACAAACGACCCGCCCAAUCCCGCUGUAGUUUGUCACCCACCCCAAAAGGUAGAGUCCGGCUUCACUAUCGACCUCCUGACCGGUUCCUGGUACAUUGUGAAAGGUCUUAACCGUAUCUAUGACUGCUUCGAUUGCCAGGUCACAACCUUCAAACCAAGCCCCAACGACAAGACAGUAUAUGACGUGUUUGAAAAGUUCGACGUGAAAAUGGUGAGUGGAGGAACCAGGCUACGUUCUGUCAAUGAGACCGUCGUCCAAGCUUCCGGUGGAAUUUUUAAUUACACCAGCAUGCAAAUGGGACAUAAUACUCACUCUCAGUGGCGAAUAAUGCAUGUAGGGAAAGGAGGCGCCUUUCUCCUGGCCUAUUACUGCGGUUCUAUCUCAGCUGAUUACUUCUUUGAAGGCUCUGUUGUGUAUUCACGAACCCCAUCUUUGACCUCAGACCAGUUGGUUGAACUAGUUGCAGCGUUUAAGGAUCAUGGGAUAGAUUAUUCUAAAUAUUGCACACCAAACACGAAAAACUGUAACGCUAAAUAAUAGUGUAGACCCGAGAGAAGGAACCCAAAUUGUUGUUUUCUUACUCAUUCGAAUUAAAUUUGUGGAAUGAUGGGA